AACUCACAUUCGAUGAAGACUAGAUCUCGAUUCGGCGCCUAAAGAAGCAUACAAAUAGUUCCAGAAUAAAGGAUUUCGUGUUGGUCAGGCGCAACCGUUCCAGAUCGUCAUACGUCAUCGCUUACGCCCUGGUCAUUGUGCAACCACCAUCUCCGAAGGCCCUGCUACGGUGAAGAUAUAUUCCAGUGUUCGAAUUCUCUAUCGGGAGUUCCUCUAGCGAUCUUGAGAGCCACACAAUUCCGGCACAUGAAAACGGGAAGGAUGUCGACAUUAUUUUCAAAGACCCGGCUGCUACAAGCAAGUCGAGCUGAAUUCUCCCGCAUACUAUCGAAUCUCGCCCUGCAAUUUGCAGUACUUGGAUGUACCGAUGUUGCAUUGCGUCUGGUUUCUCGCCUCAACAAGUACGAUGCCGACGAUCACGAAGAGGUAGUCAUCAGACCACUAUGGCUGCUAUGGAACUCAAUCGAUGAUUGGCCUGCUGGCGAGAAAGAGCGCGCGCACGACAGAAUCUCAUCUGAGCGUAUCCGCGCCCGAGAUCAGGCCGCCGGAGCUGAAGAUGGCGAAGAGCGGGUAGGGAAGCAUGCAAAAAUCGAUGUGGCAGACAGGCCUGUCACUAACGAAGAUCUACAAGCCAUGAUCGACAAGACGGCCUUUGAGUAUCAGCGAGAUUGGUGGUUUCCCAACAGACAAGUCUCCUUCGGAUCUGUUCAAGCAAUCAGAGAAUACAAGACACUGUACGAUCGCGAAUUCACACCCGAGAGCAUGCAAGAGGCUCUCAAAGAAAUGCUCGGCAAGGUCAACGAAAUCUCGGGCGGAAAGAUCAUGAAUGUGAGACAAGGCGCUGCAUCUUCGGAUGUCAGCUCUGGUCUCGUGAGCGCUCUCAACCUGAGCCUCCAGCUCAAGGAGCAGGGAGUUGAGUUCGAAUGUGAGUCGGAGCUGUUGUUGGAGCCCGAGGAAAUUCUGGGGAUAAUUGCACUGCGUAUGGAUGCAACCCGACAAGUUUGGUUCCUUUCGCAGUGCCGAAGAGCUUGGAACAUGUUGAAAGAAGGGGCUCUAGCAAGAAUGAUAGGUGUGGACGAAGCAAGACUGUCUCAAUUUGCGCAAGACAUCGAGGCUGCGAUAGACGAGCGGAUCAAGAACGGACGACUAGCACUCAAAGAUUCAAGCCUGCAAAACAUACUGAAAACGAUAGAAACCAACACCCUAUCCAAUCCCACCAACCGUGACUUAGACAUCUCUCCAGAUUCAGACUCAGACCCAACCAAAAUCCACCACCCACCCGCCACCCACUCCGCCCUCACCACCGCCUCUGACCGUCUCCAAACCACCCUCCCAUCCUCCUACCAAUCCCUCCUCCUCCUCACAAACGGCCUCUCACCCUUCACCAACGGCACCAUCUCCGAGCCGCCCCUCUACCCCAUCGAAAAAGUCAUCUGGCUCAAAGACGGCUACGACUUCCUCAUGGACAUGUCCCUCGACAUCCCCUGCGCCCCGCCCUUCAACUUCCCCGACGACUUCCGCGAGGCCUGGCCGCGGCUGGGCAAUGCGUUGCAGAUUGGCGGGGAGGACGUGUUGCACACUUUCCUCAUCCCGCCUUCUAAGACCGCAGAGAUCAGGGAGUACUUGCUUCCUGUCUUGGAGGACGACACGGGGCGGUUCGACGAGGGCAUAAAGAGCACGCUGAGGGGUGCGAUUGAGGAUUUCGCGGGGAGUCUGGAGGGGUUUAAGAAGAUGGAGUGGGCGUGCGUAAGGUGGGAUAAGUACGAGAUGGAUGUUUUUGUCGACUUGAAGGCGUAUCUGAUGAGUGUUGCGGAAAGGGGCGCGAGGGUGGAGAGGGAUGUCGUGGUUGAUGGCGGGUUCUUUGGGUACCUUUUGCUUAACAGUCACGACAGCGGUAGUCAGUCGUGAUAGACAGUUCCUUCAUAAUGUAUCUACCCAUUUUAACCCUUCCUAUUCACUCCCUCCUGUUUGAAACGACCGCAACAUCUCCA